AAUUUAAAGCUAGCAAGCAGAUCAUGGAAAAGCACUUUAUUUUACAGACCUGCCUUUGCUUCAGGGAUGCAUUUUGGCUGCUGCUGUGAAUUUAGUUUAGCCACAGUCCUUUUGUGAUAAUAACAAGAACAUUCACUUUAUGCCAUGCAUGACAUGUUGAAAAUGUAGUGCUUCUCAACAAAGUGUGGAUUGAUUUAUAAUUUUUUUUAAUAUUGAAUAUUUUUUUUUUAAUUUUGUUACCUUUUCAAGUGUACAACAGUGUUAACAGCAGCAAAACAGCAUGCCUGAAGAAAAAAGCUUUCGCUAUGGUAUCAUUGUCUUGGGUUUGUUUCUGAUUAUGAUUGGAAUGUUUAUAAUGAGCAUUGAAAAGCCUCAUAUCUACAUAAGCUUUUGCACCUUGGGAAUUCUGAUGGUAGCAGUUGGCGUCACCUGGAGCAUUUGUCAAUGCUAUCCUAAGAUAACCUUUGUUCCGAUGGCUGAGGCAGAGUCUGAGUUCUUGCUUUCACAUAAGCUUUUAGCUUCCAGCAGUGCCACAGAAACUGAACUACCUCGCAAGAACAGCUCGUCAACUCCAUACACUAGCCAAGAAGAAGCUAAUAAAUAUGACAAAAGUCUUCCUAGCUAUGACCAGCUCAAGAAUACAGUGCCAUUCCUGGGUGAGGCCCCAGGAAAUCUAAUGGUACCAGUCACUCUUCAACAGGUGUACAGUAUGACAGAAGUUCAAGGCUCAUUACAGGCUACGGCCGAAGUACACUGUGACUCUGAUGAAUCUGUAGACCUAAACAAUCACUGCUCUAAGAACUCACUUCCAAAUACAGCAUGGAACCAUGAAGGGUACAGAGGAUCUCAUUUGGCUUCCUUCCAUGAAGAUGAAGACUCCUUGUCUUCUGAUGAGAUGAACUCUUUUCAUUUGGCCUGCAAAGCAGUGCACUAUGCAGAUGAAGGAAAUGCCGCUAUGAAACAGCUAUACCCAGAUCAUCAUCAUUAUGAAGAUAUUGCUUUAACUGACUACCUCCUUCUUAAUGGGUCAUGCCUAUCAAAGAGCCAGAAUCCAGUCCUGCUAAAGGAUAACCAGCUGACUGAUGCAGAAACUGAUUUCUCAGAAAGCAUCCAUUAUGGUCACACUAAACCAGAUAUAAAGCAAAAAACAGAGGAAGAAAAAUCCAUAGAAGCAGAAAUGUAUUAUGGAAUAAAUGACAAUUACAAUGAUUCAUGCUCUGCUGGUGAAUGUGAAUAAAAUGCAACAUGACAAAAACAUAUUCUAGUUAAGUUAUCAACUAGGGAUAGAUAAACAUGAUGUGAAAGCAAGCACUUAAGAUAUUUAGACUUCAUUGUUCUGAAGUCGGUAACAUGACUGAAGAGGGAUAGAUAGGUUUAGUAAAAUGAAUCACUGUUCAUUCUAUUUAAUCUAAUGAUGCAAAUAUUAAGCAUAUAAAGGAAAGCAUAAGAAAGACAUUUGCUAAUGGUGCUAAUGACCUCGAUUUAUGAUGCAACCCAUAACGGCUUGGCACUGUAGAAGUAAAAAAAAUACAUAAAUAUAUAACACAAAUUCAUGCUUUCAACAGUAAAUUCUACCCUACUUCAUACCGGAGUAUAUUUAUAAUAUGAAAUGUUUGCAUUGAAGUUGUAUCCUACCUGUUAUAAGGCAGAUUUUCUUUAGGACGGAUGGCAAAAUAUAAAGGAAUUCAUCAAAAUAUGGAAGAAAUAAUCUUCAUAAAAUAAUAUAUAUACAGGCUUACAUUAUUAAGAAUAAUUGUGAAAACUAAAGUAUGGGUAACUAUAAACAUUUUAUUCGUUCUUUUUUUUUUUGAUUAGUGGAUAACAACAUCUCCAUCAAUGGAUGUCUGCAAUAAUGAGAAUGAGAAAAUGGCUGACUGAGUUUCAGUGGCAAAACGUCUUGAAUGGAUUAUGCAAAGUACUGGUGCAUUCUGUUUUCAGAAAUCUCAGCACUUUGGAUGUGGAACAGCAAACAAAUUGCUUUUUGAGUCAUUAUAAUACAUUUCAUUUGUAUUCAUUUGGAUGUAUCAUUUUUGUUUGCCUUAUAUGAUACCGUUGGAUGCCGAACUGAAUGACGAGGAGUGUGUAUCCACUGCAUCUAUCACAUUCCUGUUUGUUGAACUGUCAGACGUUUUGGAAAUAACACUCAAUUAAUAAAGUCAUUAUUUACAUUUC